GUUUCGCUCACACAGACCCGUUCCAAAAUUUCCAAAUCCUCUUCUCCUCCCAACCUACCUUCCUUCCUCUUCUCGUUUGUCGCUUGAGUUGCAGCUGCAAGUGAGAAACCCUAACCCUAGGUAGCUGAAAGUGACGGCCGGUCAUGGUUUGAGAUCUAGAAACUGCGAUCUGUUUUUGAGGUCGUUCAGGAAGAAGUGUUAUAUCCCGCUCACCACUUAUAGAGGACUCACAAGAUUGGGGACUAUGUGGAUAUCAAGGUGAACAGAGCUGUCCACAAGGGUAUGCCCCAUAAGUUCUACCAUGGCCGCACUGGUCGUGUCUGGAACGUCACCAAGCGUGCCAUCGGCGUUGGGGUCAACAAGCAAGAACAAGGAAUAUCAGUUCUUGACAAUGCAAUUGUAGUUUGUACCCAAGCAAUAGAACAACACAAGGGGAAACUUACUGUGAAGGAGGCACCCAGAUCCGUGAGUGAACGGGAUGAUAAAUUACUUGCUGAGCACAUGGCUAAAUUACGAAAUGCAAAUGAGGAGGUGAGUGGUGAUGAGGAAAGCGAGGAAGAGGAAGACACGGGAAUGGGGAAGUUGAUAUGGAGAACGCCGGUAGUGGGAUUACAGAGUGAAAAUGCGGCACAGAUACUGACAAUUAUAUUUUUUUGAGCAAUUUUGAUUCAUGUGUUCAGUGUAUCUGGCAAAUUGUAGCUGAAAUUUGCUGCUUCUUAUUGUGUCUAAAUGUUCACUUAUUAAGUUAUGAACUCAGAGUAAUUUUCUUCUAUAAUUAAAAACACUGCCAUCUUCGGAAUUAUCUGUGAGCUUUGAGAAUUAAUGGAUAGAUUCUGUGUUCUUGUUCAGAUCAUUGUAAGGUCAUAAAAUCAUGUUUAGUUUCAUCCAACAUGUGUAAAUGAUUUCAAAUUUGGUUC